AUGGAUAUCGUCCUGGAAAUCGUCGAUACCCUCAUCCUUGACCGCGUCUACGCGACAUUAUUACCCGCCAGCCCAUCGUCCUAUCUUCAGCAGAAAUUCAACAAUGGAUCAAGUUCCACUUUUUCGAGCAUGCGGGAGAGCGCGACCUCUGCGCCGCAAUAUACAUACAUCUACGAACCCGCCUCGCGUCUCGUCAAUUUGGACCCGACGGAAUGGACCUACAGCAGCUCAUGGCCUCGCGACAAUAUUUUCAGGCAAGGCAUUAGCCUGUUCUUUAUAGUUUGGCUCUUUGGACUGGUUCUCUACUUCCUUUGCGCUUCGCUUUCGUACUACUUCAUCUUUGACAAGACCACCUUUCAACAUCCAAAAUACCUGAAGAAUCAGAUCCGCAAGGAAAUCAGCCAAGCCAACCGCGCCAUGCCGGGCAUGUCUCUGUUGACCGCACUUUGCAUGCUCCUCGAAGUGCGUGGCUACUCUAAACUCUACGACCUCCCCAGUGAGGCUCCUUUUGGAUGGUACAACGUCCUCCAAUUCCCUUUCUUCGUCCUCUUCACCGAUCUCUGCAUUUACUGGAUUCACCGCGGCCUACACCACCCGAUUUUGUACAAACAUCUACACAAGCCACAUCACAAAUGGAUCGUGCCUACGCCUUAUGCGUCGCACGCUUUUCACCCUCUGGACGGCUUUGCGCAGUCCAUACCGUACCAUCUUUUCCCGUUCCUGUUCCCGUUGCAGAAAUUCGCCUACAUUGCUCUCUUCGCCUUCAUCAACAUCUGGACUAUUUUCAUCCAUGACGGAGAGUACUACGCCAACUCUCCCAUUAUCAAUGGCGCAGCGUGUCACACUAUGCAUCAUUUGGCAUUCAACGUCAACUAUGGCCAAUUCACCACGCUGUGGGAUCGUCUGGGUGGAAGUUAUCGAAAGCCGAACGAUGAGCUGUUCAGGCGAGAGACGAAGAUGGGGAAGCAGGAGUGGGAAAAGCAGAGUCGAGAAGCAGAAAUGAUAAUGAAAAUGGUCGAAGGAAAAGACGAAAGGGAAUAUCUGGCUGACGAUGCGAAAAAGGUCCAGUGA